AUGGAAAACGCUGGAUUUUCUGCACGAUGUUUAUUGUUCGGUUUGUCAUCUUUUUUUCUUUUGGUGCAGACGUCAGAUGGAGACAUUAGCUAUUCUAUUCCAGAGGAGAGAAACGUUGGAUAUGUUAUUGGAAAUUUGGCAAAGGACCUUGGAUUAAAUGCAAAAACAUUAUCUGUGCGUAAUACUCGUUUGGAUGUGGAUGACGAAAGAAAACGUUAUUGUGAUAUAGACCUAAAAACUGGAGAUCUGACUGUAGCCGACAGAAUUGACAGAGAGCGACUCUGUGGACUUAAGUCAUUGUGUGUUUUAAAAUAUGAAGUAAUUCUUGAAAACCCCCUGGAAUUGCGCCGGAUUUCUAUAGAAAUUACUGAUAUUAACGACAAUUCGCCAGUUUUUGCUAACGACGUUGUAAAGCUAGAGAUCACAGAAUCUGCGGCGAAAGGCGCUCGAUUUGCUGUAAACGAAGCACGAGAUGCGGAUAUAGGAGACAAUAGAGUACAGGAAUACAAGCUGCAAGAGAAUAAUUAUUUUUCAUUUCUUUUUCACAAAACUCCAGGUCAGGAAACUUAUGGUGAGUUAGUUUUGGAGAAAGAAUUAGAUCGCGAAAAAGAGCAGGAGUUGAGGUUAUUGCUUACCGCUAGGGACGGAGGAAAUCCGCCCAAAUCUGGUUCUGUAGUUAUUCACGUUACUGUUCUUGAUGCAAAUGAUAAUUCUCCAGUAUUUAGUCAGUCCGUCUAUGAGGUGAAAUUGCCUGAAGAUACUUCCAUUGGUACAACAAUAACAAGAGUGAGCGCAAUAGAUGCUGAUGAAGGCGCUAAUGGUAAGGUAACGUACGGUUUUGCACACUUGUCUGAAGACAUGCUUGAAAUGUUUACUCUUGAAUCAGAAACAGGAAAUCUGAUUUUAAGCGCUAAUGUUGAUUAUGAAAGACAAACUACAUAUGAAUUAAAAGUGGAAUGUAAAGAUGGUGCUGGUCUUGCGUCGUUUGCUAAGGUUGUUAUCGAUAUAGACGAUGUUAAUGACAAUGUACCCACCAUACAGCUAAAAUCACUGAAUAAUCCAAUUCCCGAAAAUACUCAACCUGGAUCAGAAGUAGGCAUCAUUAAUGUACAAGACAGAGACUCUGGGAAAAAUCGCCAGAUUAACUGCAUCAUUCAGGGAAACGUUCCUUUUGUAUUAAAACCAUCAAUCAAAAAUUAUUUUUCGAUUGUGACAACUGACGAACUCGAUCGUGAACUCAUCUCAAGCUACAACCUUACCAUCACUGCAACAGAUGAAGGCACUCCGCCUUUGUCCUCGUCUAAGACUGUGCAGAUGUCUGUGUCAGAUGUAAAUGAUAACGCACCUGUAUUUGAAAAGCAAAAGUACAAUGCAUUUGUUACUGAGAACAACAGACCAGGUACCUCAAUUAGUUCCGUUACAGCAAGUGACCCAGACUGGAUGCAAAAUGGCACAGUGUUGUACACUUUGGUUCCCACUGUGGUCCAUGGUAUUCCAGUGUCAUCAUUUAUAUCCGUUAACGCAGACAGUGGGGUGAUUCAUGCUGUGAGAUCGUUCGAUUACGAGAAGUUUAGAAACUUCAAUGUGCAGGUCAUAGCCAGAGACAAUGGUUCUCCUCCACUCAGCAGCAACGUGACUGUGAGUGUGUUUAUAACAGAUGAGAAUGAUAACUCUCCACAAAUAUUAUACCCUGCUCCCGAUGAAAAGUCUUUAAUGACUGAGAUGGUCCCUAAAGCUGCUCUCUCAGGUUCUCUGGUUUCCAAAGUUAUCGCUGUGGAUGCAGAUUCUGGACAGAACUCGUGGUUGUCUUACCAGAUAGUAAAGUCUACCGACCCAGGACUUUUCAUUAUUGGACUUCAUAGUGGUGAAAUCAGAGCACUACGGGACAUUACUGAAUCUGACAGUAUGAAACAAAACCUUGUUGUCUUAGUGAAAGAUAAUGGCCAUCCUUCUCUCUCUGCGACAUGUUCUGUGUAUUUGCUUAUAUCAGAUAAUCUUUCUGAAGUUCCAGAGCUUAAAGACAUGGCUAAUGAGGAAAGCAACUCUAAACUGACGUUCUAUUUGAUUAUCGCUCUAGUUUUAGUGUCCACCUUCUUUCUGACUUUUAUUAUUCUGAUCGUGGCUGUGAAGUUUUGUCAGAGGAGAAAACCCAGACUGUUGUUUGAUGGAGCAGUCACCAUUCCCAGCGCGUAUCUUCCUCCCAACUAUGCAGAGGUAGAAGGAGCUGGAACUCUCCGCAGUUCCUACAAUUAUGAUGGAUAUCUAACAACAGGAUCACGCACCAGUGACUUUAAGUUCAUCACAUCUUACAAUGACAGCACGCUUAAUGCAAGUGGAGCUUUAAAACAGAAUCCGGAUGAUUCAAACAUAAUCAGUCUUUUUGAUUCGGGCGACUCACAAGAGGUAUGA